GGGCAGCUGGAUCUUGCUUUCCCCACUGACAAUAUAUAUACAAAAUAUUUUCCUUUCUUCCGUUUACUGUUGCUGUUUAUUGUUUCUUCCCUAAUUGUUUGCUACUACCAAUAUGUCUUCCACUGGUGUCGAAAUAACCUAUCCACCUAACCACGGCGGUGAGAAAAUCCCUUCAUCCAGACAACCUAUAAAUGAGGGUUAUUUGAAAGAGAAGCAUGAGGAAGAAGUUCUUGGCUCCUUCUCUCCACCAUAUCACGAUGAUACAAUAUCCGUCAACCAGACACAUGAUUCUACGCAUCGUCAAUUGAGACCGAGACAUAUUCAACUGAUUGGUAUUGGCGGGACCAUUGGAACUGCUCUUUAUGUUCAGAUUGGUCGUGGAUUGAUACAUGGAGGACCAGGAAGUUUGUUCUUAGCCUUUACUAUUUGGUGCGUACAACUUUUCCAUUACUAUUGAUGAAUGUGGAGAUAUGGGAUGAGUCUCUUACACAGCGGAAUGAUAGGUGUACCUUCAUUUUGGCGAUUACAAAUGUAAGUAGACCUGGUCGUCAUACUUGAUUUCUCUAAUUUUCCCUCUACAGUGCAUGGCAGAGAUGGUAACUUACCUACCAAUUUCAUCACCCUUUAUACGAUUCGCUGGUAGAUACGUCGAUGAAGCAUUCGGAGUUGCUGCGGGAUACAACUUCUUCAUAUUCGAAGCUGCCCUUGUUCCAUUCGAAAUAGUAGCUUGUAACGUGAUCAUUCAUUAUUAGAGUGAUGUCGUUCCUGCAGGUGGUAUUAUUGCUAUCGUAAUAGUUCUUUAUGGGUAUGUCGACCUGAAAUCUACUAAUUUUCUCACAUUAUUAAUUUUUCAGCUUCAUCAAUGUCUUUGCGGUUAGAUGGUAUGGAGAAUCAGAGUUUUAUCUCGCCAUGGGAAAAGUUCUGUUGAUUGUUGGACUCAUAGUAUUUACUUUCAUCACUAUGAUUGGUGGGAAUCGUCUUCAUGAUCGAUUCGGCUUUCGAUUUUGGUCAGACCCAGGAGCAUUCGCAGAAUUUUAUAAAACAGGAUCUCUUGGUCGCUUCCUGGGGUUUCUAAAUUGUCUCAUUCAAGCCUCAUUUACUAUAGCUGGGCCAGACUAUGUCUCAAUGGCAGCAGGUGAAGCUCAAAAUCCUAGAGUUGUAAUGCCUAAAGCAUUCAAUGGUGUUUUCUAUCGUCUUUCAGCAUUUUUCGUGUUAGGAAGUUUGGCUGUGGGUAUCUUGGUUCCUUAUGAUGACCAAGAACUCAAAGAUGCCUUUACAAACGGUCUUCCUGGAGCCGCAGCUAGCCCUUAUGUAGUCGCUAUGAAUCGACUUCGGAUCAGGAUCCUUCCCGAUAUUGUUAAUGCUAUGGUUCUGGGAGCAGCUUUUUCAGCAGGGAAUUCUUACGUUUAUUGUGCAUCUAGAUCACUUUUUGGUCUUGCUCUUGAAGGAAAGGCUCCCAAAUUUCUUACGAAAUGCACGAAGCAAGGAGUUCCAAUUUACUGUGUUGGAGUUACGUUGGCUAUUGCAUUGUUGAGCUUUUUGCAAGUAUCAAAUAAUGCAGCGGUUGUACUCCAAUGGUUUGUUAAUUUGGUUACUGCAAGUCAAUUGAUUAAUUUCAGCGUGAUGGCCUAUACUUUUAUUUGUGUAAGUUCACCUGAUGAAGUCCUGGAUCGACCAUGGCUGAUUUGAUAAUGUAGUGGAAAAGAGCAUGCGAUGUGCAAGGACUCGAUAGAGAUACUUUACCUCAUAAAAGUUUCUGGCAGCCAUUUAGUGCAUACUAUGCAUUAACUGGAUGUUUUGUUAUGGCCUUUGUUGGCGGAUAUCCUGUUUUCCUUCCUGGUGUGUGAACUAUUUUUUCUACCUCCUAAUAUCACUCUAGUCACUCCCACUGCACUAGAAUUCUCCUUGUUACCUUUCGAUUCGAGCUCACUGACCUUCAUGAUAGGCUCCUGGGAUAUUCCAACUUUUCUCUUUUCUUAUGCAAUGAUUGGUGUUUUUCCAAUCAUCUUCAUCGGGUGGAAAGUGGUCAAGAAAACAAAAUGGUUAAAACCACAUGAGGUGAUUUUAAGAACACAAGAGGUGGAAGAAAUUGAAGAGUAUACGAGGAAUUAUCUUGAGAGACCUCCUAAAACAAGAUGGCAUGGUUAUGUGGAUAAAAUCUUUGAUUAGUGGUGGAAGAGAGAGUGCAGAUAGAUUUAGAGAAAAAUGAUCAGCAAUUUUCUCGAUCGUUACUAUGAAAUGAUUAUGACACCAACUUGACA